AUGUUUUAUUCCGCAGUGCCACGAGUGCCACUGGCUUUAAUAGCCCUUAUCAGUUGGUUAUGCCAUAUCUCACCAGCAAUAAUUAUUCCUGCAUUGCGGAAUGAACAUCCUGAAAAUGUUCCGGAUAAGGUGGCCAUCGAGAAAGAACCGAUUGAUAACAAUUCUGAUAGAAUGUCACCAACAGGCGGAACAUUUAAUCAGUAUUUGGGUAAUAACAUACACCUAUUUGAAGGCGAUAUUAUCCUUACAAAGCAGCAAGAAAAGGUUUGGAAUCAAACAUUCAAUUACGCAAUGACAUUUUCAAAUCGAACAAUCAGAAUGGGACGAAAGAAGCGACAAGCUUAUCGCUCUGAUAACUAUUUCUGGCAAGAUGGCAUUGUGCCUUAUAGAAUUGACUCAAAACUUUCACAGCACGCCAAAGAUAUUAUAAAGAAAUCAAUUGAAAAGUGGGAAAGUAGUACAUGCAUUACUUUUAUUCCAGCUAGCAAUAAAAAAAAUGCGCUCGUUUUUGUUCGAGGGUCAAGUUGCUCCAGUUAUAUUGGCCAUAUGUCACAAUGGACAAAGCAGCCAGUUUCGAUUGGUUAUAACUGUGAACAUAUUCAUACAAUUUCACAUGAAAUUGGUCAUGCAUUAGGUUUCUUGCAUACUCACACUCGAGCGGACCGCGAUGAAUACAUUUGGAUUAAAUUUAACAAUAUCCAAGAUGGUUUAUCGUCAAAUUUUGUGCGUUCGUCGCGUGAAGAUAAUUAUAACUAUGGACUUCCAUAUGACUAUGGUAGCGUAAUGCAUUAUAGCAAGAAAGCAUUUACAAGUAAUAGUGGUCCAACAAUUAUUCCACGGUAUUCGUGGUAUGAAGAUACGAUGGGCAGUGGUACUGGGCCAACAUUCAUUGAUAUUCUUAUGAUGAAUACACAUUAUAAAUGCUUAGGUCAAUGCAAAAACAACAUCAGAUGCAUGAAUAAUGGAUAUCAACAUCCAAGAGAUUGUUAUAGCUGUUUAUGCCCGACCGGGUACGGUGGAAGAUAUUGCGAACGGCGGGCUGAUUCAUUUGGUUGUGGUGGUAAUUUACGUGCAACAUCUGAAUGGCAAAUAUUAAAUGCAAAAAUGGGUAAAUCUGGAUUCUACAGUGAUGACAUAUCUUACUGUCACUGGUGGAUUGAGGCUGGACAACAUGAAGUUAUUGAAAUGGAAAUAACUUCACUUUCUGGUACUUGUUCAGAAGGAUGUAUUUUUGGUGGUUUAGAGAUAAAAGCUGUUGCUGAUAAGAGAUUAACCGGAUACAGAUUUUGUUGUGAACGAUCGAAUGGAAAAAUUGUGAAAGCAAAUGGUCCAAUACUUCCCGUUAUACUAUUCAAUAGAAGGGACUACACACAAGCUCUAAUUAGGUUUCGAUUGAAAAAAACAUAG